AAGCCCCAUGAAUGGCGGUGGGAGGCUCUAUGCCAGCGGGACGAGGGGCUAAUGAGCGGCCGGCACCGCUCCAGUCCCCCAGCAGCCCCUCGGGCGCCGCAGAGGAGGGGAAAGGUGCGCCCCGCCGAAGUUUGCCGGGAGCGACGAAGCGCCAGAGCGCAGUAGCAGCGCACGCGGAGUCGGCGGCGCGGCGCUGGAGUCCCCGAGCGCCGCAGUCAGCCGCUGCCUGAGCUCGGAGCGGCUUCUGCGGCCGCCAAGGUGACUUAGCAACAGCUGCAGCAUCUGUGCGCUCGCCUCGGGCAGCGGCAGCCGCUGCGCCCGCCGUCGCCGGCUCAGGUUUUGUAUUCUGCUGCAUAAAAAAUCAGAUCAGGCUGUGUACCUUAUUUAUGUUUUGAAACCAAGGUUCAUUAUCAUAGGAAGUCUCAGAUGGUUAUGUGACUGGGGUCCCUGUUUAUGAAGCACUCAUUCAUUUUAUAGGAAGACAGUACUGCCACUGGAAGAGAUGACCAUGUAGAUACUACUGUCUGUGCUCAGCAUAAUGGGAAGCAGUGAAUGGAAUGGAGCUUGUCUGCAGCCUUGAAAGCAGUCAUCCUGUGGACUCAGAGCUUGUCAGGGACACCUCAGUCAUCAGACGCGUUCUUCUCGGAGCUCAUUGAACACAUUGGAUUUUUAAAACUCUUUUAGAUUGGAAUUUGAGUUUGUUUCCUUGCAAUUUUUAAGCAAUUUUAAAAUUCCAUCAAAUAUACAGAGUGGAGCAAUAUAAACAGCAACAAUGGGUGACAUGACAAAUAGUGAUUUCUAUACCAAGAACCAAAGAAAUGAGACCAACCAUGCAGGAGAUUUUGGGUGCACACUGGAGGAAUUGCGCUCUCUCAUGGAACUUCGAGGAACAGAAGCAGUAGUAAAAAUUAAAGAGACAUAUGGGGACACAGAGGGGCUCUGUAGACGUUUGAAGACAUCACCAAUAGAAGGCUUACCUGGCACUGCUGCUGAUUUAGACAAAAGAAAGCUUAUUUUUGGGAAAAACUUUAUACCUCCAAAGAAGCCAAAAACUUUCUUGCAACUAGUCUGGGAAGCGCUACAGGAUGUGACACUUAUAAUUUUGGAAAUUGCAGCCAUCAUAUCUUUGGGUCUCUCAUUUUAUCAGCCACCUGGAGAAGGGAAUGAAGGGUGCGCUACUGCCGCAGCAGGAGCUGAAGAUGAGGGUGAGGCAGAAGCUGGCUGGAUCGAAGGUGCUGCCAUCUUACUCUCUGUUAUUUGUGUGGUACUUGUCACCGCUUUUAAUGACUGGAGUAAAGAGAAGCAAUUUCGUGGGCUUCAAAGUCGUAUUGAGCAGGAACAGAAAUUUACUGUAGUUCGAGGAGGACAAGUUAUUCAGAUCCCAGUUGCAGAGAUUGUAGUUGGUGAUAUUGCACAGGUGAAAUAUGGUGAUCUCCUCCCUGCUGAUGGGAUUUUUAUUCAAGGAAAUGACCUUAAAAUUGAUGAAAGUUCUUUAACUGGAGAAUCAGACCAAGUCCGCAAAUCUGUUGACAAAGACCCUAUGUUGCUGUCAGGUACCCAUGUCAUGGAGGGAUCUGGGAGAAUGCUUGUCACUGCUGUUGGUGUGAAUUCUCAGACGGGCAUCAUCUUUACUCUGUUAGGUGCUGGUGGAGAAGAAGAAGAAAAGAAAGAUAAGAAAGGUGUGAAACAGGAAGAUGGACAACAGCUUCCAGAUUCUUCCCAUACCUCCUCCCACCCUCCUUCAGCUACUGAUGAUGCAGCAGGCGCAAAUGCCACUGAUAAUACAAAUACCAGCUUAGUCAAUGGCAAAAUGCAGGAUGGGAAUAUGGAGAACAGCCAGAAUAAAGCCAAGCAGCAGGAUGGAGCUGCUGCCAUGGAGAUGCAACCACUGAAGAGUGCAGAAGGGGGAGAUGGAGAUGACAAAGACAAGAAGAAAGCUAACAUGCAUAAGAAAGAGAAAUCUGUCCUUCAGGGAAAGCUGACCAAACUGGCAGUCCAGAUAGGAAAAGCAGGUUUGGUGAUGUCUGCCAUAACUGUAAUCAUUUUGGUACUGUACUUUGCUAUUGAGACUUUCGUGAUCAACAAGAAGCAGUGGUUGCCCGAGUGCACUCCUGUCUAUGUACAGUAUUUUGUUAAGUUCUUCAUCAUUGGUGUCACUGUGCUUGUGGUGGCUGUUCCUGAAGGACUUCCACUUGCUGUCACUAUUUCUCUCGCUUAUUCUGUCAAGAAAAUGAUGAAGGAUAACAAUCUGGUACGCCAUUUAGAUGCAUGUGAGACUAUGGGUAAUGCUACAGCCAUCUGUUCUGACAAAACAGGGACACUAACAACCAAUAGGAUGACAGUUGUACAAGCUUACAUUGGUGAUGUCUACCACAAAGAGAUCCCUGACCCAGAAGCUAUACCAGCAAAAACCCUAGAAUUGCUGGUUAAUGCCAUUGCGGUCAACAGUGCUUAUACAACAAAAAUUCUGCCACCAGAAAGGGAAGGUGGCCUGCCUCGU